AUGUUAAUAAACUGUGCUUUUGCUUUACUUGUCAGUUACAAAGGUCCAUUGUUAGAUGAGGGAGCGCUGGCACAGGCAGUCUCUCGUGGAGCCAGUUCCCCUGAAUUCACCAAACUCUGUGCUUGGUUGGUAUCCGAGUUACGGCUGUUCUGUAAACUAGAGGAAAAUGUGCAGGCAACUAACAGUCCAAAUGAAGCAGAAGAAUUUCAGCUGGAAAUGAGUGGCUUGCUGGCUGAAAUGAACUGUCCCUAUGCCUCGCUGACAUCCGGAGACGUCACAAAACGCCUUCAUAAUCAAAAGAACUGUCUGUUGCUGCUUACAUACCUCAUCUCAGAACUGGAAGCUGCCAGAAUGCUGUGUGUGAAUGCCCCUCCUAAAAAAGCACAGGAAGGAGGUGGCAGUGAAGUCUUUCAGGAGCUAAAAGGCAUAUGUAUUGCUUUAGGCAUGUCCAAGCCUCCAGCCAACAUAACGAUGUUCCAGUUCUUCAGUGGAAUUGAAAAAAAACUGAAGGAAACCCUAGCGAAGGUUCCACCUAAUCAUGUUGGAAAACCUUUAUUGAAGAAGCAGCUGGGACCAGCUCACUGGGAAAAAAUUGAAGCAAUUAAUCAAGCCAUAGUCAACGAGUACGAAGUCCGAAGAAAACUGUUAGUCAAGCGUUUGGAUGUUACUGUGCAGUCUUUUGGCUGGUCAGAUAGAGCUAAGAGUCAAACAGAAAAACUGGCUAAAGUCUACCAGCCAAAACGUGCCCUCUUAUCUACUAAGUGCACUAUUUCCGUUGCUCAUCUCUUGGCGGCUCGGCAGGAUCUGUCCAAGAUUAUGAGAACAAGCAGUGGCUCCAUCCGAGAGAAGACUGCAUGUGCCAUUAAUAAGGUGCUAAUGGGCAGAGUGCCUGACAGGGGAGGAAGGCCCAAUGAAAUUGAACCGCCCCCUCCUGAGAUGCCACCGUGGCAGAAAAGACCAGAGGCCGGCCCACAACAAGGCGGUGGCAGGGGAGGAAGAGGUGGCUACGAGUCCUCAUAUGGAGGGCGAGGGGGUUAUGACCAUGGGGGUCACGACCGAGGAGGAAGAGGAGGCUAUGACUCAUAUGGAGGGCGAGGAGGUCAUGAACAAGGAGGCCACGAUCGAGGGGGCCGAGGAGGACGUGGUGGUUAUGAUCACGGUGGCAGAGGAGGCGGAAGAGGAAACAAGCUUCAAGGAGGUUGGACAGAUGGUGGAGGUGGUGGCUACCAGGAUGGCAGCUACAGGGAGAGCAACUACAGAGAUGCAGGUUUCCAAACAGGUGGCUACCACAGUGGUGGCGGCGGUGGCUACCAAGGAGGAGGCUAUGGUGGUUACCAGUCAUCUUCAUAUUCAGGAAGUGGGUACCAGGGUGGUGGUGGCGGUGGCUACCAGCAAGACAACAGAUAUCAAGAUGGUGGGUCCCACGGUGACCGAGGAGGUGGGCGUGGAGGAGGAAGGGGUGGCCGUGGUGGUCGUGGUGGCCGUGGAGGUCAAGGAGGAGGUUGGGGGGGCAGAGGUGGACAGAACUUUAAUCAAGGGGGGCAGUUUGAGCAGCACUUCCAGCAUGGAGGUUAUCAGUAUAAUCAAUCUGGCUUUGGACAAGGAAGACACUUCACAAGCUGAGGCUGCUAAAAACUUUUGCUUCAGCAGAGCUCACGUAAUAGAAACCUGGUUUCAGAGGCAUGGCUUAAUUACUGCUUGAAUUAGUACAGGUUUGUACUUGGCAGGUAGAAUUUCUUUGGGUGGGAUAUUUUGCCAUAAGCAAAGUACAACUCUUUCUGUAGACCUCUUCUCCCAUCCCCAGCCUGUCUGAAUUAAACGCAUCAUCACUGCCCACUGCACCCUAAACAUCUUUUAGAUGUUGGACUGGUUCACUCUGCUCAAAACACUUCUGUGUUUGCCUUCUGCUUUGAUUUAGAGAAAUAUCAAGACCUGGUUAACUGUCUGUUACAAUGCACAGCAGAACUUCUGCAUUUUUUCCCCCUAGUGGUUGUUCUAAAGCCAGUUCUGAAUAUUGCUUUUUGGCUUGCUGGCCUCUGGUUUUAUUCCCAAAGACGUUGCACGCGCAUCCGCGCACGCACGGGGAAGUUCCUCCAGCAAACAGGGCUGGUGUCUGUUACCUGAGCUCUGCUGUGGGUGCCAUGUCCAGUAGCCUUACCUGCCGCUAAACAGUUUUCCCCCUGCUCAACAAUGAAGACUGACCGCCGCCAAAAUCUGCAAAGAUCAUUUAAAACCAAGCUAAUUUGUGAACCGAUAGUACGUGUGGGCCUGUAGUUAGGUGUAGCGAUUCAAACUGACCUGCUUCCAUCCAAAACAAGUUGCUCCUCCUCCAAACCUAAUUUUUUACUUGAAAUCAGCUAGAAGAGAUGACAAACUGAAAUUUAUUUAGUUUGCAAGUUAAUACCACUGGCUCAGCAAAUCUAGGGCAAUUUGUUUUGGUGGUUGUCUUUUUAAAGAAAUGCACUACGGCCUGGGAAGAUUAGUUCCUGCCCAGAGGAAGCCCUUUUAUUAUUGCUGCAGAAAACAAAGCCUGGCUGAGUUUGAUGUUCUGAUGUUUUGGGUUUGUUUUUUUUUUUUCUUUACUGAAAUCCACAUAAUGCUUCUUGCUGGGUUUUUUGUGUACAUAAACGUUGUCAAGCUGUGAAAGAAAAUGGCUGAAGGUGUGCUGUUGUAUAAAAGGUGAGCAAUAAAAGUGUCUGUAUGUUC